CUCUUCUUCACAAGUUUCCAACAGCUGCUUUCGUGGCUCAAGGACAUCAUCUUGUUCAUAUUGCCACUACACCUUCCCCCCUUAGUGUCUUUUCGUCUCAUUUUCACUUCAUCAUGGGUGGCGGCACUAGCAUUUGGGCUUCACCUGAAGCAAGAAGCGACCCAAAAGAGAUUUUCAAUGGCCGACUAGCAUUUCUGGCAGUAACCCUUGCUAUGGCUGGUUGCGCGUACGGUUUUGAUCAAGGAAACAUCGGAGGUGUCUUAACGCUACCUACGUUCAAGCAUGCUUUCGGACUUGACACCCUGAGCCAAGAAGCUGCCGACGAGAGAAAGGGAAACAUUGCUUCGCUGAUGGCCGCUGGUGGAGCAGUAGGUGCUUUGCUGUCUGCGCCUUGCGCCGACUUUUUGGGCCGAAAAUGGUCCAUGAUGCUUUAUGGCCUACUUUAUCUCUUGGGAUGUGCAUUCCAGGAAGUCCCUCACCUUGCCCUCUUCUACGCUGGAAGAUUCAUUGCCGGCAUGGCAAUUGGUUGCAUGUCGGCGGGCGCACCACAGUUUCUUGCUGAAAACUCGCCCAAGUCAAUUCGAGGCUCUAUGACUUGUCUUUACAACUUGAUGAUCAUCACUGCGCUCUCGCUGGCAUUCUGGACAAACUAUGGUGUCAGCAAAUGGAAAAAUGUCAACAAAUCCGACAACAUGCAAUGGAUGUUGGCCCUGGGUAUCCAGUUGAUUCCCGGAGGCUUUAUGGUAGCCAUGUUGCCGUUUGUCUACGAAACACCGAGAGCCUUGAUAGCCCGCGGUCAACGUGAACAAGGCCUUAUCAACCUCGUCAAACUCCGUAAACUUCCGGAGUCACACCCAUACGUUCAACAAGAAUACAUGGAAACAUGCACUCAAGUGGAUCUGGAACAGGAAGCAGCGGCUGGCAGAAACUACUGGCUUGUCAUCAAGGAUGUAGCGCUCGUUGCUUCCAACAGACGCCGCUUUUUUCUCGCCAUUAUGCUGUUCAUCUUCCACAAAUUUACCGGUACUGAUUCGCUGAACUAUUUUGCCCCAGAAAUUUUCCAGAUGAUUGGAGUCCAGGGCGGUUCGCAAGCGCUUUUCACCACUGGAAUUUAUGGAGUAGUGAAGCUAGCCACCACGCUCAUCUACGUCAUUUUUAUCGUCGAUCGUGUUGGCCGCAGACUCCCUCUUAUCAUUGGCGCGUGCCUUCAAGCUACUGCCAUGCUUUACAUUGCCCUCUACGUCAGGUUUGGAAAGCCAGACCAAGGUGGUGGAACUGAAGUCGGCGGUAUUUUCGGCAUCGUCUGGAUCUACAUCUACGCCUUUGGCUGGUCAUUCGGCCACAGCGUCGCGUGCUACGUAGUGGCUGCGGAGAUCUUCCCUUCUCGUAUCCGUUCUUUCUGCAUGAGCUGGUGUUUCUUCGUCAACUGGAUUGUCGACUUUGGAAUCACGAAAGCUACGCCGUUGAUGAUGACGCAUAUGGGCUGGGGUACAUUCUUACUGUAUGCUGUUUUGACAUACAUUGGGGCUGUUUUUGUUUUCUUCUGUAUGCCUGAGAUGAAGGGAAGGUCGAUCGAGUCGAUGGAUGACCUGUUUCAGUACUCGAUCUGGACCAUGUGGAAGAGAGCAUACCCGAAGAAAGACGAGUUGGUUCGUCAUGAUGUUGGCGAUAUUGUUCAUGCCGAUGAGAAAGACCAGGGUGUGACACGGAUCGAGAAAGUGUAG